AUGGACGAACCUGAUUUCGACAAUGAAAUGGAUCCGAGUAAUGUCAGUUUUAAAGCGUUUGAUUGUUGGUAUAAUGAAUGUUUGACUUAUGCAAUAGAUACUGAAAGUUUUCUUUGGAUGAUGUUUUAGUUGCUUAGUAAAAGUAGAUAACAUAAACGUUGCUUUCCGACUUCAAAAUUACGAAACUUUGAAUGGUUUUAGUAGUGUAUUUUAGAUAUCGCUCAACUUCUUCACGGACACCGGCUACAACCCAAUCUCCAUAAACACAGAACAAGAAGAAUCUAGUAAUUCGACUCCGAUUGCUUCAGUUGUGCCUUCAGAACCCAGCCUUGCUAGCCCAUUUCCAGAAGAUGAACGAAGGGUGAAUAAGAAAGGCCUGUUCACAGGCUAUGUCACCGGAAAGUCGAUGGAAGUGGCUAAACGCAAGAACUUGAUAGACAAGAUCGAGAGGGCCAGGGAGAAUGGGAUCCUCAACACCUGCAUUCCACAACUGGCUGAGCUGAGCAUGACUCAGUUCAGUAUGUUUCUUCGGAGAAUCUUUAAAAGUGAACCAGGGUUGACAGACUUUGUCAGCGACGAAGUCCUCAAAAGUUUGUUUGAAGAUUUUGAAUCCGGGGCCGGCUCUGUGAUGGAGGAUAACGCCGAGAAUUCAGAGGAAGAGCUUACGAACGGGGAAGUGUUUUAUGAAGCUGGAGAAGAGACGGAAUCCGAAAUGGAACGAUCUUCUGACGAAGAAAACAACGAAAGUAAUCAGCAUGAGUUACCUAUAAGGUAAGUGGGUUUAAGAAUAAUUUUUUUGGGAGUUAACCGAAUAAGUAGAAGGUAAAAACUAUAAGCGAGGAAAUUUUUUAUUUUGUAUUAUCUAUAAAUUUUAGCGAUUCAAUGCAACCAGCGUUUUAUCGCACUCGUCGAGGUAUUAUCCAAGCAGAUAGAUGUAUAGCUCUUCAGAUGAGGAAGUUAAUGGAAAGACGAGACAAAUUUAAGGUAGUUUAAAGGCUUAAUUUUUUGUGUAUUUGUUAUGCUGUUUUGUGUUUUUGUUACCUAAAAUGUUUUUUCCAGGCCAAUUUGGGUAAGAUGGAAUCGUUUUUGUUUGAGGAACCAAAGACCUCAGGAGAUAGUGAAGAAGACUCACAAACAUGCUUGAGAUGUCGGCCUUUAAUCAAACGUGCACAUCGGAGGAUAGUAAAACAUUCAUUUCCAUCGUACGUCUUAAUUUCUAUGUUUAUAUAAAGUAAAAGGAUUUUUUUAUGAAAAACAUUUAAAGAAUAACUAUAAGUCAAGUCGAUAACAAUAUUAAAUUUAGGAAUCGAAAAGAAACGAGUGGCACUGCUAAACUUACAGAUGAUCUCGAAAAACAAUGUUCAUAUGAGUAUAAUGACGUCAGGAUACGAAACAUAUCUACUUUACAAAGUAAGGUUACUUUUUAUUUGCUUUUUAUGUUUAGGGUUGAAUAAUGAUGCUGUGAUCGAAGAUUACCUGCACAACAUGGGCAACCUACCUUUGUAUAUUCCUGUGAAGUCGUAAGUUGUAGUUAAUUGUUAAAUUAAUGUUUUUAGGUUGUUUUAUAUUGAAAUUGUUUAUUUGAAUUUCUCUCACACAUAAAAUAUGUUUUGUCUUAGAUAUUUAAGGGUCACUUCUGUUUUAUUUUCAGCCAUGCAGCCUAUAAUAACACAGGAGAUAGAGAGAAGGAGUACUACGGGUUCGUGGAGUGUAUCAAGGAUGAAUUACCUAACUUUCCUGAAGUGUUACAAAGUUUACAAGCAGCGGGAAAGAAACGGAAGGCUGUUGAUCAUAUUGAAGUAGAAAAUGAGGCUGAACCUAAAGGUACUGGUCUUCUUUUGAGGGUUAAGAUGUCGAAAAGGUUGCUUCAAGAAGACUUUUGA